AUGAAUGAAUUAGAGAAUGAAUUUUUGACUUAAUGCAAUAUAGAGAGUUCAGCAUUUUCACAUUCUUAUGUAUAAAUGGAUUUUAAUCUUAAAGAUUGAAUAAAUUUACAAUGAAUUGCAUUUCAACAAUAAUUCUAAAAGAGAUUAGAUUGCAAGAUUAAGAAAAGAGGAAAUUUAAUAUUAGAUAAAAUAAGAGAAAUAAUUAUUGCAUAUAGAAGAGAUAGAGAAUGCAUUAGAAUAAAGGCAAUAUUUAGAGAUAGAUUUGGAUAGAACACUCUAUUCAAUUGUAUGGUAAUUGUAAUAUAAUUAGUUAUUGAGACAAAAGUAUAUUAAUGAUUUAGAAGAGUAAUUGAGAUUGAUUAAUAGUUUUUAUUAAGAUUUACCAAUUGAAUAUAGAGAGAGUUUAUAGACAAAGAAAUUAAGUUACUUGAGUUAUAGUAAAUAUAAAUAAAGUUACGAUGAAUAUAUAAAGUAAUUAGAAAAUAAGAAGGUUGAAGCAUUAGAUAAUUUGGAGAAGGUUAAGAAUGAAACUUAAUAGUCAUAAUAAAACUAUUAUAGUUUAUUGCAAAAAAUAAAAGUAUUUUACAAAAUUUUAUAAGUAAGCUUAAUAAACAUUAGCUGAAUAAGAAAAAACUAUAUAAUAAUUAAAUGAAUAGCAUGAGACUAACAUAUUUAAAUUACAUGAGUAGAGAAAAGUAGUGAUAGAUUUAUAGGUCUUAUAAAAAUUAGAAAGGUAUAAUAUUAUAUCAUAAUUUAUAAGAAUGUAUUUAUCAUUUGAAGAAUAAAUUAAUGAGGAAUUUUUAACAGAAGAUAUUAAUAAAUUAGAUUGUAAUAAAGAAAUUUCUGAUUUUAUGCAUAAUCAUCCAUUUGGAGUUUCAUUUUUGGUUGAGAAUCUCAUAUAAUAAUAUAGAAAAUAUUAAGUUUAAAUUGAUAGUGAAUCUUCUAUUGGUUUAGGAUUAAUGGAAGAAAAAUAAGAAUUAUAAUAAGAACUCAAAGAAUUAAAAGAUUUAUGUGAAAGAUUUUAUAUUUAUGAUGAUGACGAAGAAUCUGAAUCUAAAUUUUAAGAUGUCUAAAAAUUAAUGGCAUUUUUAACUAUGAAAUAAUCAUAAAAUAAUUUCAAAUAAAAUUUAUUACAUAAAGCAGAAUCAUUCAUUAUAAAAGUCUUUGGUAAUCUAUUUAAUGCUAUUAAAAGGUAUAUAUAUAUAUCUAUUUAUUAUUAAUUUAUAGAUUCAAUGAUAUUUUUUAAGCCAUCCAUCAAAAAAGAAUGGCUAUUGAUUUAAAGUCUUCUUAAAUUGAUAGUAAAAUUAAAAACUUUUGUGCUAAUACAUAUAUCGGACAUUAUUCACUCUCUUUAUAUUAAUUUUUAAGCAAUCCCUUAACUUCAAUUUAACCAGAUCUUUAUCGUUAAAUACAAAAUGUAUAUAUAUAUAUAUAUCUUCUACUUAGAGUAUUAUUUUAAAAUUAUAUGUAAAUGAAGAUGCACUAAAUCAAUAUUUAUAAACUGGAACUACUUUUAUAAAAUUAUAUUUAAAAGCAUCUGAUUACUAUUCCAAUCAUAUUCAUACUAUGAUUGAAUUAAUACAUUCAAUAACAUAUAUUCCUAAAAGAUCUAAAUUCUCUUAUAAUGAUUCACCUUUAAUGUAACAAAAUUAUAAAAGCAAAUUGAGUAUUGAAUUGUCUUAAAAGAAAAUCUCUUUAAGAACCGAUACUGAAUCAAGAGCUUAAGUUUAAGUUAAUUUUAAAACAAAAACGACAAAACGUAAUUCUUUUACAAGCACUAUUGGAAGUUCAAGAAGAAUUCAACAAGAUGUUAAUGAAGAAAAUUAUUUAGAAUCUGAAAGAUAGAAAAUAAUCAAUCCAUAAAAUAAUAUUUCAAAUACUGCUAGAAUACCAUCAGAAUAAUAAAAAUAUUGUGAUAUUUUAAGUGAUAGAGGACAUGGAUUUGAAAAGAAAGUUAUCAUCCAAAAUUUUAAGUCAUUAAUCAAAUUAAGAUAAAUUAAAGUAUUUUUUUAAGAUAACUUAAAAUAGAGAAAGUUUAAGACUAAUCCAAUAACUCCAAAAAGUAUAAUCGGAUCAUCAUUAAUAUUUAAAUCAACUUAUAAAUGA